UUAUCAUGAGAUAAAAUUUAUUAAUGCCGAUUUAGACAUGUCAACUAUUAUUAAAUUUGAUUUGAAAGAGCUCCGAAAAUUAGCCAACGACAACAAUUCGUGUGUGGUGGAGAAAAAAGUAACCCAAAACCUAGCUUUACAACCGUGGUGCCUUGGUAAUCUUAAAGAUUCUAUAAAAAAUUUACUAGAUUAUAAAAUAGGAAAAUUUGAUAAAGAAUUUAAUGGAAUUCUCUUGAGUUACAAAAAUCUUCGAGUUUUACAAAAUGUUGGUGCAAUACGAAAUGAUAAUGCAGAUGUGCACUUCCAAGUGCAGGCAGAUUAUUUCAUAUUCCGGCCGCAUGUUGGUGCAAUGUUAAAAGGAAUUGUUAAUAAAAAAAGCUUUACACACCUUGGCAUCUUAGUUCACAGAGUAUUUAAUGUGGUAAUACCAAGGCCUACUGAGGUACCUGAUGAUUGGAUAGGAUCAACUGUUGAAGAAGGACAAGAAGUGAUGUUCCAAAUUGUUGUGCUAGAUUUAUAUGGAGCCUUACCCUAUAUCAGAGGAAAAUUGGAUGAACGGUGGUUGAACAUUGAAGCAGGAGAUGGAGAUGACGAUGAUGCAGUUGAAAUUAAAACAUCAAGACCAAUUAAUAUAUCAUAUGUGAACUUUGACAAAACAAAGCCAAUCAAAAAGCAAAUUAAUAAUGAAAUGACACACUCAGCAUUGAAAAAGAAAACAAGUUCUAUUAAUAUGAUAGAAAAGAGUAAUUGCAAUGGUCAGCCUCUUAAUGUGGAAUGUGAAAAUAAUUUACCCGAAAAGAUUAAGAAAAAAAGACAAAGUAAAGUGCCCGAGGCUGAACCUAAGCAGCCUGAAAUAAUUCCCAGAGUAUCAAAAAAACAUAAAAAGGACUGAUGCUGUUUUUGAAUACAAUUAUUUACCUCACAACAUUGUAAGGAGUCAUAGUUUACAUAAAUAUUCAGAAAAUAUACUUAUUUUUAAUGUCA